UAUAAACUAGUUACGUCUGGCACAACUGGGCAGUUAUCUCCCUCUAAUUAUUGGAAAUAAACAACAGGAAACGAAAGCACUAACUUUAAAUCACGUUUUGGAGACAUGUCUGUUACAGUUCAUACUGAUGUCGGUCCAGUUAAGAUUGAACUGUUCUGUGAACAAGUUCCUAAAGCUUGUGAGAAUUUUCUAGCCUUAUGUGCUCAAGACUACUACAAUGGCUGCAUAUUUCAUCGGAACAUUAAAGAUUUCAUGGUUCAAACUGGUGACCCAACUGGAACAGGCAAAGGUGGUACUAGUAUAUGGGGCGGAAAAUUUGAAGAUGAAUUCCGAGACAGUUUAAAGCACAACACACGAGGCAUAGUAUCCAUGGCUAGCAGUGGUCCAGACACCAAUGGCUCUCAAUGGUUUAUCACUUAUAAUAAGCAACCACAUUUGAACAUGAAAUACACAGUUUUUGGACGGUAAAAACUUUCACUUUAUUUUCAUUUCAUUGUAUAUUAACAGUAAUAUUCAUUUCUGAUUUGGACACAACCUCACAAAAUUCAAGAGAAGAUGGUGGUGUAACUGAAUUUCUGGGGGAAAAUCAUCUCUAUAAACUGGUAUCUUAUCCAAGAGGAAGAUUUGUUUUUUGUCUGAUAACUGCUACAGAAACCGUAGUCAAGUAUUGGUCCAGUGGAUGUGUGAAGUUUGUAUUAAUUUAGUCAAGUAUAUUUGUCAUUAUAAUAUAGAUGCAAGAGCAUUAUUAAAUAACAGAAUUGGGUUUCUUAGGACAAGUGAUCAUGCACUUGGCAAUAAGAACCAGCUGCAUUCUACUACCAGUGUUUUUCCUCUGCAAUUAAUAAUUACCAAUUAUUAUUAUUGUACCUCCUUGGAUAAGAAUUGAUCCCUGGUAUCACUUAAACCCAAAUACAUCUAAGUUUUCAGGCAGAGCCCUUCAUGCUUGCAUGAGAGGGCUUUGUUUUCUUUCUCUCCAAAUAGUCAACUAACAUGAUUUUUUUUUUUUUGAUUUUACUGUAUUUGCUUUUGAUAAUAGAAUGAGAAGAUUGGGUUAAGCUAUUUGGAGGUUAAUGGUUUGGUACAACUGACUUGACAUUCAACCCGUUUUGGCACUGGAGGCAAACACAUGCAUGCACACACAGAAAUACACACAUACAGUAGAGAGAAUGACAUUACAAUUUAUGAAUUAAGCACGAUUGAUAUGAACAUUUUUCCUCUCCUCAGACACAUAAAGAGGUACAUCAAUCAUCAUUUAACAUCUGUUUUCCAUGCUGGCAUGGGUUGGACAUUUUGACUGAAGACUGGCAAGCCAGAAGGCUGCACCAGGCUAAAUCUGAUCUGGCAAGGUUUCUACAGCUGGAUGCCCUUCCUAAUGCCAACUACUCCGAGAGUGUAGUGGGUGCUUUUUACGUGCCACCAGCAUGGGAGCCAGUCAGGGGGCACUGGCAUUGACCACGUUUAAAUGGUGCUUUUUAUGCGUCACUGACACAGGGAGCAGGUGGCACUGGCAUCAACCAUGACUACGAUUUCACUUGACACAACAGGUCUUCUCAAGCACAGCAUCUUGCCUGCCAAC